GCCGCGCGGCUGGCGGCCGCCAAGGGCCUGGCGAUCCAGGUGGCGGCCAGCUUGGCGCGGGGGUCGUCGAGGACCUGCGCGCCUGGACGUCGCGUAUUGCCGCCCUGGGCCGGCAGUCCCUGUGGCGCGAGGCCGUCGAGCUCCUGCGGCGUCCACCGCCGGGCGUGCGCGCCGACGCCGUGGCGUACGGGGCGGGCAUCUCGGCGUGCGCCGGAGCCGCUCCCGGCGGUCCCGCUCGCCGCUCCCCCCGGGACCUCGUGGGCGCUGGCCCUCGGGCUGCUGGCGGAGGCGGCGCGCGCUCGGCUGAGCCCGGCGGUGCGGUCGUGCACGGCGGUCGCAGGCGCAUGCACGGAGGGGCGCGCCUGGCGGCUCGCGCUGGGGCUCAUGGCCGAGGUGGCGGCGGACAGGCGCCUCGACGCGAUCGCUUGCAACGCCGCCAUCGCUGCAUGCGAGAAAGGCAGCCGCUGGCAGCAGGCAUUGAUGCUCAGACUGCAGAUGACAGAGCUGGGCCUCCCGCCAGACGUCAUCACAUUCAACAGCACCAUCAGCGCCUGCGAGAAGGGGCAGCAGUGGUCGCGGGCGCUGAGCGCCUUCAGCGAGAUGCAGCGCGAGGCGCGGGUGUUCCCCGCCCGCUCGCCCCAGCCCUCAUCAGCGCGGCAGAGAAGGCCGAACGGUGGUCCCUUGCCCUCGGCCUGUUGGCGGAGUCGCGCUGGAGGGGCAUCCAGCUCGACACCGUCAUCUUCAAUGCGACGAUCAGUGCGUGCGGUGGCGCGCGACAGUGGGAGCGGGCGCUGGCCUGUGCGGCUGGCAUGGCAGCCGUGA